AUGCGGCCGCUCACCGACACCGAGACUCAGACGCUCUUCACGAAGCUGGCCAACUACACCGGCCGCUCGUUGAACCACCUGAUCGCCCCGCCCACCGGCCCGGAAAACGACCGCCAUGUCUUCCGCAUCCAACACAGCCGCGUCUACUAUGUGCGCGAGAGCAUCGCAAACCUCGCCACCAGCGUCGCCCGCCCCAAUCUGCUCUCGCUCGGUACCUGCAUUGGCAAGUUCACCAAGACCGGCAAGUUCCGCCUGCACAUUACCGCCCUCGAUGCCAUCGCGCCGCACGCCCGCUACAAGGUCUGGAUCAAGCCCAACGGCGAAAUGCCCUUCCUGUACGGCGGCAAUGUCCUGAAGGCUCAUGUCGGCCGCUGGAGUGAGGACUGCCCCGAGCACCAAGGUGUCGUCGUCUACUCCAUGGACGAUACCCCUCUGGGUUUCGGUGUCACUGCUCGGUCCACUGCUGAGGCCCGGCGUCUCGAUCCUACCGGAAUUGCCACCUUCAGGCAGGCCGAUAUUGGAGAGUACCUGAGAGAGGAAGACACUCUCUUCACCACCACCUGA